CGUGAGGUGCUCUUCUGUAAGUUCGUACGGUGUGUGACACUUAUCGUAAAGGCGCCGAUCGUUCUUUCAACAUUGUUAUUUUGUGUUCAACCCCCCUUUCGAAUCACAUACGCCCAAAUUGUUGCCCCAAAACAUACCGUUUGUAAAAUGCUGGUGCGAUCCUAACCUAACGAAUAGUUACAAAACCUAGUGUUUUUACAUAAAUAAGUGUGCACACUUAUUCAAAUUCAUUUGAUUCUAAUUGGAAAUGAACUGACAAAACGAACCCUCUCAAAGGGGACACACUCAAAGGAAUUAAUAAUCGUUAUUGUUAAUUGAAUUUUCUACCUUCCGGUUCGGUUUGAAAAUAUCGUUAAGAUCGUUACAUCGAUUUUAAUCGAUAUUUUUGACCGCAAAUAUACUACAGUGGAUACAAACGCGCAUUUGGUAACGUCAAAGAGACGCAUAUACGAAGGACAGGUGCAUAAUAUCUGUUCACCGAGCAAAAAAUUCCGUUGUCGGUUGGAUAAAACCUCUUCUAAUUCGAAUCCUAAGGAAAAGGUGAUGGAGACCCAGCUAGCACUGCCUGGGCUUAGCCAGAGCAUGGAUUCAGUAAACACGGCCACCGGUGAAGAAGAGGUGCGAACACUUUUUGUCAGUGGAUUGCCAAUGGACGCAAAACCCAGGGAACUAUAUCUAUUAUUCAGGGCCUAUGAGGGUUAUGAAGGAUCACUCUUGAAAGUUACAAGCAAAAAUGGAAAAACGGCAUCGCCCGUUGGUUUCGUGACAUUUCACACACGCGCUGGCGCCGAAGCAGCUAAACAAGAUUUACAGCAGGGUGUCAGGUUCGAUCCAGACAUGCCGCAGACAAUCCGCCUCGAGUUUGCGAAGAGCAACACUAAAGUCAGCAAACCGAAAUCUCAGCCGACAGUCGCCACCACAGCGGCUGCACACCCAGCACUAAUGCACCCACUUACUGGCCAUCUGAGCGGGCCGUUCUUCCCCGGAGGUCCGGAAUUGUGGCACCACCCGUUGGCGUACAGCGCCGCGGCGGAGCUUCCCGGAGCAGCGCUGCAGCACCAUGCCGCCCUCGUCCAUCCGGCGCUGCACCCACAGGUGCCAACGCAGAUAUCAUUACCGCAUCCGACGGCUCUGACAUCAAUUCACGCGUCGUUGCCGCACUUUCUGCCAUCUCCGGCGCUGGCGUCGCCCGUCGGCUCCUGCGGCUCCCAGCCGGCGGUCGCCUCCAACGCUCCCUGCUCAACUCUAUUCGUUGCAAAUCUCGGGCAGUUCGUAUCGGAGCAUGAACUCAAAGAGAUAUUCAGCAGUUUCCCUGGCUUCUGUCGCCUGCGCAUGCUGCACUCUAAGGAAGCCAGCCCCGUCGCAUUUGUCGAGUACCGCGACGUGGCGGGUGCCGCCAGCGCCAUGCAAGCGCUGCAGGGAUCGUUUUUAUUGUCGAGCGACCGUGGCGCCAUCCGCAUUGAGUAUGCCAAGUCCAAGAUGGCAACGAAGCAGGCCUGUGCGCCGCGGCCGCCGCCGGCACGCACUGGGAGCACGACGAUGGACAAGAAACUGCUUCAGCUGCCGGAGGACGGAAUUAACGCUGGCGGUGCCGCUGCCGCUGCGAUAGUGUUCACGGCUGAGCCGAUGGUGCCGGUCGAGGAGCUACAGAAUCGCGGGCACGUGCUGAGGUCGCAGCAGCCCCUGCACGUCAACACUCGCCAAAACCAGGCGAACCAAUAUGCUCUCUCUGUCCUCUUGUGAAGUAGCUGCUUCUCUGCGAUUGUUCUUAUUAUCACCAUUUCCAAACAAUACGAAAACCUGAGCGUUCAAAUAUACGAAUUUUUUGUAGUUAAAAGCGUCAAACCAAAGGUGCCCUACUGUU